ACAAGGAGAUGCCAAACUGAAGAACAGUGAACUUCGAACUCGACUCGAAGGUGAUCAUGGCUCUUGAGAGUAAACAGAGAUCGUAUAUUUUACAUUGGUAUUAACUUGAUGUGGCUUGGUGUGUUUAAUAUAUGUAAUAUAGCCAUGUCUCUAUCAGAACCUUUCCAUUUGACUUCGGUCUUUGGAUAUUUUUCAGUACCGAUACACACAACUGUCAAAGCAGCUAUGAAUGUGACUGUGCUUUGUUUGUGUGUACAGCAUGGGCAAACUUGAUUUGCUUCCUUCAAUACGAAAAAAUGAGAGGGCGAUAUUAGGCAUGUGUGAAGAUCUGCCUGCUGAUUCCUAUUCCGGUAUAAUCUCAACUGAAUCGGAAGAUACCUGUACCAUGAGGUUUGUUGAUAGCCAGAACAAUGUUGAUGUUGACAUUCUGAAAUCUCGUAUAAAAGAGACAGCACACCAUUGCUUCAGCAGCACCAAUGGGGCUAAUGGUAGUGAAAGACUUUUAUCAGACGAAAACAGUUUAAAGGAGUGUAACAUAAGUUGCAGUUCAGAAGAUGAGUGCAAUGGGUUUGAUAGGGAUGAACCAGAUUGUAAACGGUCAAACAGCUCUACAUCUGGUGUUGAAAACAUAUCGUCACACUCGAAUAAUAAUUACCAAUCUUAUUGUGAGACGGGGUUGGAUCCAGGUGUAAGACUUAAAUCUGGACUUGUAAUUACGCCAAUCACUCUUACUCAAGAUGUUCCACUGGACAUCAACGAGGGAUCGAAUAAUCGGUUAUCUACAGUUCUGCAAAACAUUCAGUUACCACUUGUGUACAUUCCUACAACUCGUCAACUAGUCACGAACAAGAAAGGAAUAGUUAAAAGUCAAGGAGACUCUACUUCAACUGAUACGCCUGAAGAAUCAGCUGCAUGCAAUUCAGGCGCGUUAUCUGAACAUGACAGUAAUCAAAGCACAUCAACAGAAACGAUACUCAAUAUAGAUGACAUUGACCAAAACUCAGAGAUAUUGAAACAAACUAAUAUAGACACUGGAAGUUUAGGUGAAACUGAUUCUUUAUUGAGAUUAAAGGAACCAGACCAGCUAACAUGUAGCAGUUUGGAUCUUGAUUCUGGAAUUCACAGGGUGCAUACUGGAGAUUCUCUACUCCGGACAUUUAAUGAUGCCUCCAGCCUCUCUAGUCUUAGCACUUGUACAGACUUUUCAGUGUCAGCAGCCUCCAUAGACGACGGUGAGGGGACAGGACUUUGUAUAGACACUGGGGAUGGAGGUUUUAUGGAAAUAAAUCUUCAUUCAAGAAAUUCAUUUGAUCGAUGUAAGAAUGGUUCUCAAGACAGCGGAAUUGAUGAUAGAGGUGCCAAACCAAAGCGGAAAGGCAUUUCUGGGUUUUUAUCAAGAAAUAUAUUUUCCCGGAAACCGAAAGAACUAGAGUCCGAGUCUGAACAACAGGGAUGGAAACUGUUUGGGCGAGUGACACCGAAACAGGUGCCAGUUAAGGACCCCCAGCAGAUCUCACUGGAGUACAAACAACGGGAUUGUCUGAACAGUUCAGGCAAAACAGUAAAGAAACAGGACAUAGAGGUCAUGUCUACCACAGCACUGAUACUGGAAAACAGGCCCAUGAACCUGCCUACAAAAGAUCCCGAGGAAGCGGAGAGACAUCGACAGCAGUAUGAGACCAUGAUUGAGGCAGCCAAGAAAAAAGAACAAAAAGAUAUCAAACAGAAGCGGAAACAACAAAUGCAGCAAAUCAAACAAGAGGACCAGCUAUUAGCUGCAACAAAAAAAUGGACCAACGAAAUUCUGCCCAACUGGGAUACAGCGAAAGCUACUAAGAAAACCAGGGAUCUGUGGUGGUUGGGGAUCCCUCCAAGUGUUCGAGGCAAGGUGUGGAAACUGGCUAUCGGCAACGACCUCAAUCUUACACAAGAACUGUAUGAGAUUUGUGAAAGUCGAGCAGAAGAUAGGAUCCGUCUAACACUCACAGCAUGUGAUACCGGAGAGAUAUAUGGUACCUCUGAGACCUCAUCUGAGCCUCCGUCCAGUAAAGAAUCUAGCGUUGAACUCAUCAAACUUGAUGUAUCACGAACAUUCCCUCAGCUCUGUAUAUUUCAAAAGGGUGGACCAUAUCACGACCUGUUGCACAGUCUUCUUGGUGCUUACGCCUGCUACAGGCCUGACGUGGGUUAUGUACAGGGUAUGUCUUUCAUCGCAGCAGUACUUCUCCUCAACAUGGAUGUAGCUGAUGCCUUCCUUGUGUUUGCUAAUCUCCUUAACCGCCCCUGUCAAGUGGCCUUUUUUAGGAUAGAUGAGGAAAUGAUGAAGUCCUACUUUCAAACUUAUGAUGAUCUUUUCCACGAAAAUAUGCCUUUACUGCACCGCCAUUUUAUGAAGAACAACGUAACACCAGAUUUAUACAUUAUAGACUGGAUAUUUACACUGUUCAGUAAGUCCCUACCCCUUGAUGUGGCCUGUCGAGUGUGGGACAUGUUUUGUCGGGACGGCGAAGAGUUCCUAUUCCGCACAGCACUAGGAAUCCUGAAGAUGUUUGAAAAUGUCCUGAUACACCACGACUUUAUACACUGUGUCCAGUUCCUCACCAAGCUGCCAGACACACUGUGUGCUGAUACACUGUUCAGGAAUAUAGAAUCGAUCAGAAUGAAUAUAGACAAGAAAAGGUUCACGCAGAUUCUGGCAGGGAACAAAGAGCCUAAGGACAAUACAUGAUCCCUGGGCUCAUAUAAGGAGUGUUAUCACAAGAUAUUCAAACAGGCCCAGUCCGGAACUGGGUCUCUUUUGUGAGACUAGCUUUGAAAAUGUGAUAUUUUUGUGAAUUAAGAGAGGGAAAUUAAGUAUUUUUGAAUGGAGAUGAAAUUUUAUCAGAAGAAUGUUGUAUGAAAGAAUUUUUUUUUUUAAUUGUUAAAAAAAGUGAAUGAUAGAGUUGUAAAAAGAAUUUGUGACAGAUCUGUUGAAUGAGAUUAUAAUAUAGAGGUACAUAUCGCGUAUAUUGUAACUAAAAAGUAUUGUAUAAAAUACAUCUUGUUAACCAGCCCGGUGCUGGAUAAACCGUGUAAGGUUUUGUUGUAAAAUGCUUUACCCUGAGAGGGAAUCAAACAGUCUGAUAUUCUUUGUUAUUAAGACUGUUACCUGUGUAACUAUCAAGAGAUCAUGGUACAUUUGAAAAACAAGGAAUUUUGUGUGAGGUUCUUUCAUGACAUAUCAUGUUGGAUUUCAUUUGAAAAGAACGAUGAAUUUGUUAAACGAUUGUAUUAAAUAUAAAUGUUACCUCAAUAUUUGCACAAUAAAUAUUUCUAAUGCUAAA